CCCGGCCCCUCUGGGCAGCCGCGGGCGGGUAGAGGUGCGCGCUUGGGACAUGAACAUGAACUUCCCGUACCUCUGGCUAGAGCUGUUGCUGCCUUUGGUAGCUGCGCUGGAUUUCAACUACCACCACCAGGAAGGGAUGGAAGCGUUUUUGAAGACUGUUGCCCAAAACUACAGUUCUAUCACUCACUUACACAGUAUUGGGAAAUCUGUGAAAGGUAGAAACCUGUGGGUUCUUGUUGUGGGGCGGUUUCCAAAGGAACACAGAAUUGGGAUUCCGGAGUUCAAAUACGUGGCAAAUAUGCAUGGAGAUGAGACUGUUGGGCGGGAGCUGCUGCUCCAUCUGAUUGACUAUCUUGUAACCAAUGAUGGCAAAGACCCUGAAAUCACAAAUCUGAUCAAUAGUACCCGGAUACACAUCAUGCCUUCCAUGAACCCAGAUGGAUUCGAAGCCGUCAAAAAGCCUGACUGUUACUACAGCAUCGGAAGGGAAAAUUAUAACCGGUAUGACUUGAAUCGAAAUUUCCCUGAUGCUUUUGAAUAUAAUAAUGUCUCAAGGCAACCUGAAACGUUGGCAGUCAUGAAGUGGCUGAAAACAGAGACGUUUGUCCUCUCUGCAAACCUCCAUGGUGGUGCCCUUGUGGCCAGUUACCCGUUUGACAAUGGUGUUCAAGCAACUGGGGCAUUAUCCUCCCGCAGCUUAACUCCUGAUGAUGAUGUUUUUCAAUAUCUUGCACAUACCUAUGCUUCAAGAAAUCCCAACAUGAAGAAAGGAGAUGAGUGUAAAAACAAAAUGAACUUUCCUAAUGGUGUUACAAAUGGAUACUCUUGGUAUCCACUCCAAGGUGGAAUGCAAGAUUACAACUACAUCUGGGCCCAGUGUUUUGAAAUUACGUUGGAGCUGUCAUGCUGUAAAUAUCCUCGUGAGGAGAAGCUUCCAUCCUUUUGGAAUAAUAACAAAGCCUCAUUAAUUGAAUAUAUAAAGCAGGUGCACCUAGGUGUAAAGGGUCAAGUUUUUGAUCAGAAUGGAAAUCCAUUACCCAAUGUAAUUGUGGAAGUCCAAGACAGAAAACAUAUCUGCCCCUAUAGAACCAACAAAUAUGGAGAGUAUUAUCUCCUGCUCUUGCCUGGGUCCUAUAUAAUAAAUGUUACAGUCCCUGGACGUGAUCCACACCUCACAAAGGUGAUUAUUCCAGAGAAAUCGCAGAACUUCAGUGCUCUUAAAAAGGAUAUUCUACUUCCAUUCCAAGGGCAAUUGGAUUCUAUCCCAGUAUCAAAUCCUUCAUGCCCAAUGAUUCCUCUGUACAUAAAUUCGCCAAGCCACUCACCGGCAACAAAGCCUAGUUUGUUCUUAUUUUUAGUGACUCUUUUGCACAUAUUCUUCAAAUAAAGUAAAAUGUGAAACUCAACCCACAUCACCACCUGGAAUCAGGGAUUGCUCACUCCAGGUUACUGCAACCCCAGCUCACUCUAGUGGGACCUUGACUGGAGAAACUCCACGAUCUUCCUGAAGAAGAGAAAUGGAUGUUUCCAAAUUCCAUAGUAAGCAAUAUGUGGUGAUAAUGAAAGGAAUGAUUCAGUCUUGAUGAUGAAUGGAACACACUUACCUAACAAGUACUGCUCAUUUACACUCAAAUUAAUCUUGAAGUAGUCUUGAAAUUUGUAAAAAAAAAAAAAACUUGAGAAGCAAAAAAGUACCUGCAAAAAGAAGAUCAUUUCGUAUACAGAGAACCUGAUGAAUAUAAGCAAUGAAGAUGAACAUUUAUUGAUCUUCUACAUACAAGACGUCACCAUGAGGCCAGGUGCAGCGGCUCACGCCUUUAAUCCUAGCACUUUGGGAGGCCAAGGUGGGCGGUUCACCCUGAGUCAGGAGUUCAAAACCAGCCUGACCAACAGGGUGAAACCCCGUCUCUACUAAAUAUUAGCGGGGCGUGGUGGCAGGCACCUGUAAUCCCAGCCUCUCAGGAGGCUGAGACAGGAGAAUCGCUUGAACCCUGGAGGCGGAGGUUGCAGUGAGCCAAGAUAGCGCUACUGUACUCCAGCCUGGGUGACAGAGUGAGACUCUGUCUCAAACAAAACAAAACAAAACAAAAAAACACCUCACCAUGAGUGUGAAGAGAUACUAAGUGCCAUAUAUAAUUAGUUCUCGGAAAAGGGAGAAAUGAUCAUAGGACUGGGAAUUGUUUUGCAAAUGUUCUAGGAGAAGUGAGAGAAAAUACUUAACCAUGUCUCAGUGGCCCAAGAAAAUACUGGCCUGAAGGGAUAAGAAUGUGUCUCUCUAUAGAGCCUCAAAGCAUACAGGUCAAUUAAGUAAGAUCCUCGCCCUCCAGAGCCAAGUGUCCCUAGCUUUUGGCACCUGGAUGCCACAGCCCUCUGUUAGGGUGAUGACUCCAAAGGUGUAACUCUAGCCUCUUGCCUGAGCUUCAGGCUCAUGUCCCACUGCCGACUGGACACAUCCACCUGGAUGUGACUCACAGGUACCUCAAACCCAUCAUGUGGAGUUACUCAUCCUGUUCCCCCUAGAGCUGCUCUUCCUGCUGCAUUCUCUCUCUCAGUUACUAGGACCACCAAGCUAGGAACCUAGGAGUCAUCCUUGAUACUUUCUCUUCCUCUUCAAUCCUGUGUAUUCAGCAAGUAACUAAAAGUUGGUGUUGGCCGGGCACGGUGGCUCACGCCUGUAAUCCCAGCACUUUGGGAGGCCGAGGCGGGCGGAUCACUUGAGGUCAGGAGCUCAAGACCAGCCUGGCCAACAUGGCCAUCUCUACUGAAAAAAAAAAAAAAUACAAAAAUUAGUCGCGUGUGGUGGCACAUGCCUAUAAUCGCAGCUAAUGGGGAGGCUGAGGCAGGAGAAUCGCUUGAACGCAGGAGGCAGAGGUUGCAGUGAGCCAGGAUUGCGCCAUUGUACUCCAGCCUGGGCAAAGAAGCAAGAUUCUGUCUCAAAAAAACAAACAAACAAACAAAAAGAUUGGUGUUAAUUAUAAAUAUUGACGAAUUCUGCUCUCUGCUCUCCAUGGUUGUCAACACUGCAAAGUUGAGACCUCAUAUCUCACCCACACUGCUGCAACAGCUUUACUGGUCCCUUGCUCCCAGCCUUCUCCUCCUCGGUCCAUCCUCCACGCAGCACUGGGGAAGGGGAGCCACUUGAAACAAAAGUCAGCAACUGGUUGUAGUUCAUGAACACAGAGCUGUUUGUGUCCCCUGUAUCUGGAAUGCCAUUAUGACUCAACACGUUUUUUCUUUCCUACUCCCCUUAAAACUCAGUUCAGGUAGCAGCUGCACUAGGAAGCCUUGGCUGACCAUAAUCCCAUUCAAUUCCAUUCCACCUCUUCGCAGGCAGUCUGGGGUUAGGGACCCUUCCUCUUUGCUCCCCAAAAUAAACUGGUUAUCUCUA